CGGAUCACGAGACCCGGCGAUUUGACUCUGUAGUUCGUUCUGUCUCGCUGACAUGUGCGCUGCUCGCGCUCACCUGGAAUGAGGAGGCGGCGCGUGAGCGCGGUAGCGGAGUCCCCGGGAAGAAUGGCAUCCUUCAAAUCCGGCAAAACGCAAAGAGUGAACACGACCGCGACUUCGGCCACCGGCUAGGAGAGGCUCCCUGCGCUCCUCGCCGUCUUUGCGUUGGCGGUUGAGUUAAUUGGUGUUGUCGGGUGGCAUUUCAAACAUAAGAGUCUCUAAGGCGGUUAGCUGUCUCGCUGUCAGGCUAGCAGCUACGGGCAGGUUAGCCCAGGGCUUCGCUUUUCGGUGUCUUCGGGUGGGAGGGCAUGAUCUCUGUACUUUCCUAUGGCAGACUGGUUGCCAGGGCUGUCUUGGGCGGACUUUCCCAAACUGAUAGCCGGGACUACGGCUUGGUAACAGCAAGCUGUGGAUUCGGGAAGGAUUUUCGCAAGGGGAUUUUGAAGAAAGGGAUGUGUUACGGGGAUGACGCCUGCUUUGUGGCGCGCCAUCGAUCUGCCGACGUCCUGGGUGUUGCUGAUGGUGUGGGUGGGUGGCGUGACUAUGGAGUGGACCCCUCCCUGUUCUCAGUGACCCUGAUGAGAGCAUGCAAACGGAUGGUUAAGGAGGGCCGUUUCACACCCAGCAAUCCUGUGGGGAUCCUCACCACCAGCUACUAUGAGCUCCUUCAGAACAAAGUUCCUUUGUUGGGCAGCAGUACCGCCUGCAUCGUGGUGCUGGAUCGCCAGCAGCACCGGUUGCACACGGCCAACCUGGGCGACUCGGGCUUCCUGGUGGUCCGUGGCGGUGAGGUGGUCCAUCGGUCCGAUGAGCAGCAGCACUACUUCAACACGCCCUUUCAACUCUCCAUUGCGCCACCUGAGGCUGAAGGGAACAUCCUCAGUGACAGCCCUGAAGCAGCAGACAGCUCCUCCUUUGAUGUCCAGCUGGGGGACAUCAUUCUGACCGCCACAGAUGGCCUCUUUGACAACAUGUCUGAUCACAUGAUCUUGCAAGAGCUCAAGAAACUCAAGGACAGUAACUAUGAGAGCAUUCAGCAGACGGCCAGGAGCAUUGCAGAGCAGGCACAUGAGCUGGCCUACGACCCAAAUUACAUGUCACCUUUUGCCCAGUUUGCAUGUGACAAUGGUCUGAAUGUACGAGGAGGAAAGCCGGAUGACAUUACUGUCCUGCUGUCCAUUGUGGCUGAAUACACAGACUGACUCUCAGGGGACGCUGCGAAUAAUCUCUUUACCGUCUUCCUGUAUUCUGUUCUAUUGUAUUUCCUGCUGGCAGGAUUGGGGAGGUAUUUUUGCAGCUGAGGACUGCUCUGUUCCCCUUUCCUUCUGCUGGCCAUACAGUGGGACCUUACCCCUCCCUGUCCUGCCCGCUCUCAGUCGCCUUACCACUAAAACACGAGAUCAGGUGAAGGACAGAGGAUCUCUUAUCCUUUUCAGUAAAUUUUGAUUUAAGUUAAUGUCACUGCUGCAUGUUCUUACACUGGGGCAGUUAUCCAGGUUUAGGUGUCAGUCAGAGACAUAAAAACAUAUGACCUCAUAAAAUGGCUUGAUAUCAGUCUCCAUGGAAAUGGAACAUGGGCGGUGAGCAUCCAUCCCUGAACUAUGGUGUGGCUGUAAAGUAAAUAGGGUGAGGUAGAAGGUACUCAGAGCAGAUUUAGGAUAAGGUUGCAGCAGCUGGUUGUGUGGUAUUGGAUUAAAACUGCAUAAUUAAAUUAGGAAAAAGGGUUAUGCCAAAGAUGCUGUGUUUAGUACUGGUUCUGGCUCCUCUUAGCUGGUUGAGCAAGAGGGAGGGUACAUUGAACCUCUGUUAAAAGGGGUAGAGGAGGGGAAUGGUAUUUGAUCCGUGUUUCUCUCCAAAUCUGUGGUUUUGUAAAUAUUAAUUCCAUUAUGUGACUGGCCUGUAUUAAUGAAUAUUCAAGGAAAUUUAUUUACUGUACCCCUCAACAUAAUAGGAAAUUCAGGGCGUGGGAGUGAGGGUUUGUAUGCAUUUUAUAUAUUUUCCCUCCCAAUGUAGGGUUGGCUCAUAAGUGAAACAUAACAUUCAUUUAUACCACCUGCUCUACUGAGAUGAGAAACCUUCCAACCAAUGCCUUGUGUGGCUGCAAAUGAGUGUAUGCACCUUGUUUUUGAAUAGAUCUGAAGGAAUAUAUAUAUACAUAGAUGUAUAAUGCAAAACAAUUUUAGUGUAAGACAAUGUGUCAUACAAGGGGGUCGCAGAAGAAUGACAAAGGUUUAUUUUUCUAGCUUUUUCUGGGUUGUGUAGUACCUGGGGUGACACAGCUCGUCUGUCUCCAUUUUCUGCAAUGUGUCCUUGCUGCAAAUGUUCUCAAGCCAAUCUUUAAGAAACUGGUUUAAUAAGGUUAUCUGUGUUUAUAAAAAGGUUGUUUAAAUAGUUGCUCAUUUAAGUGAGAUUGCUGCUGUAAAUGUCUUUAUAUGCAGGUUCCUUUUUAAUGAACUCCAUGUACUAUGUACAUGUCAGUCCUCCAUAAAAAGGCAAAAAAAUGUCUCCUUUCAUGCCUUUUAAACCCUCUUUUAAUUGUGUGUUUGGUAACCCUGGUCAUAAAAGCAGGUCAGGUCAGGUUUCAUGCUCUCUUCAGACCGUCAUAUUAUCUGUGCUCUGUGUCCCUUUUAAUGAUGGAUUCUUCUGGGCCUACAGGCUCCGGUAAGUAACAAAUAGCGGGAGGGUUAAAUGACCUUUUUCCUGAAUAUUUUUGGGAAUAUUUCACAGUCCCAAAGGGCUUUUUAAGGGCUGGAGUUAAUAAGCAGCAGCAUUGUGCGUCCUGCAGUAAAUAAAAGUCAGUCGUCCCCCCCCCCCCCCCACACACACACACACACACACACACACACACACACACACACACAAUGCUGUAUCACUAUAGCGGCCAGCUGCCUUAACUUUUGAAGGAGGACAUCUUUCUGUAAGCACAGGAGCUGCAUAUAUUUGUAUGUACAGUACAAUGAAAAGGUCAAAGAGAAAAUGCUUCUGUAAAUAUUUUUUCAAAGCUGUAAUGUAUUCAAAUAAA